CCAAUCACUUGAGUCUUCUUCAUGCUUCCUCCUGCUCCCUGCGUGCGCAUCUAUCCUAGGAGAAGGGCAAAAGUGAGUUGGGUUACUUGUGGAGUUGUUAACAGAACAUGGAGGAGUUGAGGCAGAAGAUUCUGUGCACUAGCCUGGAGCUCGAGGCAGUGAAAAUGGAAAAGAGCGAAGAAAUUAAAAGGUACAAGGAGAACGUGAAGCACCUGCUCAGCCUCCUGAAGACUGCUUACCAAGAAAGAGAUGAAGCCAGAGACCAGCUUCAGAAGCUGAUCAACGAGCUCACCUCACAAAGCAUCAGUGAUAUAUCAUCCUUGUUCUCUCAACGGAAACAUCCUGAUGACUUCCUUGUGCUGGUGAAAGCGAACUCAGGCAUAACUGAAUCAAGCAGCCUCUCCGAUUCCUACAACAAUCUCCACUCGCGUUGCUCAUCCCCUGUGAAUUCGUUUCUGGAUGCAGUUUCUUCACCCAACUUCUUGUGUUUUAACAUGGUCGAUUCUGGAAAUAUGGGCUUCACCAACCAGCCUUAUGUUCAGGAAUAUAAUGGUGCUAUGACUAGUGGUUCAAUCUCCUUGGUGAAUGCUAAAUUAGACCCAGCAUCUGUCAUUAUCAAUGACCUUGUCAAAGAAAAGCCCUGCCUCAAAAGGGCAGGCUCUUGCAGGCCGUAA